GACUACCAGCGCGAUGGGCAACAGCGACAGCAAGAGCAAGUUCCGCGAGUCCGUCUACAAGCUCAGCAACGAGGAGGUCUCGAGCCGGCAGCUCGAGUUCUGGGACAAGCUCUGGAAGAUCCCGACGACGGCCGAGGAAAUCUUCACGCUCAUCCAGCCCGAUGACAUUCGCAUGCUGCGCCAGAAGCAGCAGGCCAACCUGAGCACGAUGCUCACGCAGGCCAUCUCGCAGCUGCAUCAGAUCGUCGACACGCCGCUGCCCAAGUACUACCCGCAGGCGGUCAACUGCAUUCGCGUGCUGACGCGGACCAUGCCCUUUAUCCUCGAGGACCGUGGCGACGACUUUGUGCAGCAGCUGCUCUGGGGCCCGCUGCCUACCGCGGACGACGCCUCCGAAGCGCCACCGACGUGCUUGGCCAAGCGCCUCAUUGACGCGACCAUGGGCCUUCUCUUCCUUCCCGACUUUACCGUAUCGGCGCCGGCGUACAAGGCGUACCGCGAGCAGCUCUCGACGAGCGGCAGUGGCGCCAAAGUCUACCCGUCGCUCUUGUGGUAUUCGGGCGUCGGCUUCCCAGACGCGUCGGCCACGCACGCUGUCUUGUACGACAAGAACCGCAAGGAGGUGCUCAAGCUCCUGCUCACGUGCUUCUCGGGCAUCUUGUACCACACGGCCGACUCGUGCGACCAGUCGACGGACCCGUUCCUGGCCUACGCCACGCGCGAAGGAUCGGCAUUCUCGCCGACGCUCUUCUACUCGCUCCUCAAUGUCACGCUACUCUACGACCCGGUGGGGUGGGGCGUCCCGUACGCCGGCUCGAUCGUCGCGGACGAGCGCGAGACGCUUGUCGACAUCUCUGUUCAAGUGCUUCUUGUGCUCUUGGACUUUGGCAAGCCGGCCAUCGAGACGGACGGCGUCGUGACGUGCAGCAACAAGUACCGCGAGCUGCUCUCAAGCGUCCAUCGCGAAGAGGACUUUGAUUUGAUCUUCCACGGGCUCGCCAAGCUCCUCAACAACUACCACCAGAGCAUGAACACGAUUCUGCCCAACUCGAUCAAGCAGAUCAAGUGCCACCAAGAGCUGCUCGUGCUGCUUUGGAAGAUGCUCGACGAGAACAAGAAGUUUCUCCAGUUUACGCUCAAGCGCGCCGACACCAACAAGAUUGUCGUGCCGCUGCUGUACCUCAUGUACGAAGGCCGGAAAGAGCCGUCCAAAGUGGGCAUGAUUCACAUUUGCACGUUCAUUCUGCUCUUGCUGAGCGGUGAGCGCGACUUUGCCGUAAACCUCAACAAGCCGUUCGAUCUCAAGCUGCCGCUGGAUUUGCCGCCGUUCAACGGCAACCACGCCGACCUCCUCGUUGUGUGUCUGCACAAGGUCAUCGUCAACGGCUUUGAGAAGCUCAACUCGGUCUACAACUGCUUUCUCACCAUCAUCUCCAACAUUUCGCCCUACAUCAAGAAGCUCAACAUGGUGUCGAGCGUGCGUCUUCUGCGCCUCUUCAAGCUCUUUUCGCAGCCGCGGUAUUUAUUCGACAACGAAGCCAACCACCACCUCGUCUUCUUCCUCCUCGAUACGUUCAACAACAUCAUCCAGUACCAGUACGAAGGCAACGAACAAAUGGUGUACGCCAUGGUGCAGAACAAGGACCUCUUCCACAAGCUCAACGCGCUCACGAUGCCGGUAACGCAGGCGACGCCGCGCAGCAGCAGCACGCCAUCGGUUGCCGACGACGACGCCGAGAGCGUCCCGUCGGUCGUGCCGCUCGUCGCGCUCACCGACACGGCGGCGUCCGAGGACGCGACGGCCGAAGAACCGUCGUCGACUAAGUCGGCGGCCGCGCCCGUGCCGGCGCCGGUGGUCGGUGGCCGCUUUGUGCCCAACGAAGCGUGGAUCCAGAGCUGGAAGAAGAAGCUGCCGCUCAACACGUCGCUGCGGCUGCUGCAGUACCUCGUGCCACAGCUCGAAGACGCGUGCGAGCUCGCGGGCGGGAGCUUGGACGAGACGUCGAUGCUCACGUUCCUUCGCAGCACGACCAUGGUCGGGCUCCUUCCCGUGCCGCAUGCGAUCGUGAUCCGCAAGUACCAGACCAACCAGUUUACGAACCUCUGGUUCACGACGUUUACGUGGGGCGUCAUUUUUCUGCGCAACCAAGCGUUCCCCCUCUUUGACGGCGCGUCCAUCACGCUCUUUACGAUCAAUGUCCUGUAAUCGCAGCAGUAGACUAGGAUAACGCUAUGAAUAUGCUUUUAUAAAUGCUGGCAAUCGACAUGGCGUAUCCAGCGUCAAUACUAAACUGUGGAUUGCCCC